AUGGCUAAUCAAACUAUGAUGAUGAUCGUAACAUCAAAUAAAGAUUUAAUUCGUCAAGUGUCUUUGAGUAACGCUUCCGAUACACACAUUGUUAAUUUGGAUGUUUUCGCUAAUCAUUAUACUCAAUCCAAAUCAACUCAAGUUUCGAAGAAACCGACUGAUUGUAGGUGUACUAUUUGUGGUGAUCGUGCUAGUGGAUUUAAUUACAAUGCUCUUUCCUGUGCUUCCUGUAAAAUCUUUUUUCGGCGCGAAAGGCAAUGUUUGGUUUCGUAUGGAAUACGUCGUCGAUGUCCACAAUGUCGGUUAGAACGAUGUGUGAGAAUGGGAAUGAGGAAAGAUUUUCUACUUAGUGAAGAACGAAAGCAGCAAAGAAGAAAAUAUUUCCAAGAAACUCGAAAGAACGAUAGUGUUUAUUUAAAUCAACUGAAUUCUACAACAAUAGCAAUAUUACCCGACGACGAUUUAGUUCUAACUGAAAACCUUCGAUCCUUAUUUUUACUCAUUUUUGAAAAAUAUGAUGUUCAAUGUGCUUGUGUCGACGUAUCUGACCGUAUGUCUGCUCUGAUUUCUUGGUCACAAUUCGUCAGUCGAGUUGCUUUAAAAUUCAUUCGUCUGUUACGUCAAAUUCAUCAAUUCGAAGAUUUAUCUGAAGAUGAUCGUUUUAUUCUCGUUAAAUACAAUGUUUUCUCUCUCUGUUUAAUGUCGAAAUGUUUUUAUUAUAAACCAGAAGAUGAUUGUUGUUCUAAUGAUGAUUGUGAAUUAUCUCGAAGACAUCGUCGAUUUUUUAUGUUAUGUGGUGAUACAUAUGGAAUUCGCGACACUUUUGUCGAUAUGGUACUUUUACUUGUCAAAGUAACGGAACAAGAUCCAGUAUUCUUAUCUCUUCUUUCAAUAAUGUUACUUUUCACUCAAGGUUUAUCGAUGAAUGAAAAUGAACCAACAUUGAAUGAUUCAUUGGCUGUCAACCGAGCUCAUUGUUAUUACACGGCAUUACUUUGGAAAUAUUUGGUUGGGAAACGAGAUGAAAUUCAAGCGCGAAAGCAGUUUAUUCAUUUAGUUACUUUAAUUAUUCGGAUUCAAGUGGCAGGCAAAAAAAUUCGAGAUUUUUUCUCUGAAAAAAUGAUGACCACAGACAUAAUGCAUAGACUUGCGCCACUUAUGCAAACACUUCUACAUAGGUCAUGA